UUUUUUUUUUUUUUUUUUUUCCUCACUUACACUUACACUUACCACCGGUACGCGUACGGGCGUUUAUUAAGUGGGAUUCAAGCCAGGCUGUGCCGUCGACGAGGAGGCCGUAGGAGGGCGGGAAAGUGAGGCGAGGAUACUUUUUUGGGGGCGCGAGGGGAGCGCGGAAGGAAGGUCCGAGCAGCAUGUCGCGGCCGCGCGCCCGCGCGGCGGCUCCCCUCAUGACAUAAGCGCACGCACUCACUCAGUUUCCGCGCAGCUCGCGCGCCUCAACGAAAGCGGCAGAUGGCGGCGCGCGCCGAGCGGCUCCUCCUGCUGCUGCUGCUGCUCUGAGUGAGGAGCUUGCAACGUCUGACAGCUCGGAGCGAAGGGCGAAGGGGAUGCCUCGUGUUUCUGCCUGGCUGCUGCUGCUCCUUCUCGGCACGCUGAGCCUCAGCCUGAGCACAGCUCCCUGAAGCCGAAGCUGAAGCCGAAGCCUAAGUUCGUUCGGCGAAGGCGAAGCGCAGCCCGCCGCACUCAGCCGCCCGCGUCCUCUCGCGCUCUGCUCACUUUUCUCCUUCUCCAGUCGACCACCGUCUCCAUCGGCAUCGACGACGACGACGCGGAAAAUGACCUCCGUGUGGAAGAGGCUGCAGCGCGUCGGGAAAAAAGCGUCCAAGUUCCAGUUCGUGGCGUCCUACCAGGAGCUGGUGCUCGAGUGCACCAAGAAGUGGCAACCAGACAAAUUGAGAGUAGUGUGGACCAGAAGAAACAGACGCAUCUGUUCAAAGCUUCAUGGAUGGCAACCAGGAAUUAAGAACCCGUACCGGGGCAUGGUAGUGUGGCCCGUGCCUGAAAAUGUAGAUAUCACUGUCACACUCUUCAAGGAUCCUCAUGCUGAUGAGUUUGAAGACAAAGAUUGGACAUUUGUCAUUGAGAAUGAGACAAAGGGCCAUCGCAAGGUGUUGGCAUCGGUGGAUGUAAACAUGAAGAAGUUUGCCAGCCCCACACUCACGCAGACAGACCUGACCCUGAAGAUGAAGCCUCUGUCUGUCAAGGUGGUGGAGGCAACUCUCAAGCUGUCCCUGUCCUGCGUGUUCCUACGGGAGGGAAAGGCCACGGAUGAGGACAUGCAGAGCCUGGCCAGCCUGAUGAGUGUCAAGCCUACAGACAUUGGCAACCUGGAUGACUUUAAUGAGAGCGAUGAGGAGGAUGACAAGAGGGCCAGUUCAGGGGGAAAUUUGCCUAGUACUCUGGCAGCUCCUCUAGCGCCUGUUCGACGAACAUGUGAACAGGAGCUAAGACCUACAGCUGGAAAGGGUUCUCCUGAAAUAGCCGCUGUCCCCGUUCACAGUGAAAAGGGCAGAGCCGGCACUGGGGCUGGUUCCUCUCUGGCCGGUUCUGUCCCUAAUUGUUCUCUCCAGUCACGACCCCCUUUGCCCCCAUGUGCGAAACCUCCUACCCCACCUGUCCCAGCUGCCCGCACGCGCCACGCUCACCCGGCUGCUUCCGCCCGUCCAGAGGGGCGGCCGUACCCCCCUUUGAGCCCUGUCCGAGCCCACCCUCCAGCACUCCCCAAAAUUUUCCAGCCUUCGGCCGGCUCAGUGCCUGUUACCUUUACCAGAGGGCUCCAGGGUGUCCAAGGUGGUCCCACAGUGAAUGCUAGUCCCGUCUUUGCCGCUGUGCCUCCUGCUGUUUCUCAGUCUUCCGUCUCUGAGUCUUCCGUGCCUUCCUCCGUGUCCUUGGCUCAGCCCAUCUCCCCCCAGCCUGGAACGGAGAGAGACUCCUCAGCACUCCUCCCUGCCACUCAUUUGGACGUAUGUCAGCCCACCAGUGUACCUGUGGUGCGAGCCACGCCUGUCCCUUUCCAGGCCUCUCCCACCGUGGGAGGCCUUUCUGAGCCCAUGUCUAUCUGUGACGCAUUGGCUGUUUCGCCUGCAGACCCACAUGGAGGUACCCAAGCAGCCCUCACAGAUGGCCAGCAGAACGAGUGGAGCGUGCCCAGAGUGAAGACCCCUCCCCUGUCAGACCCCUCGCCCUUGUUCCCCUGUCCCUCCCUUGCUGAUAGUGUGCUCCCCAUCCCCCUGCAGACAAGGCCGGACCUGGAAGCCCUGUGUGACCCCGCUUCCUCUUCAUUCCUCCUGUCCACUUUAUCGAUUCCCUCCCCUCCCCCUCCUUUCUCUGACCCUUUACCAGCUCCUGACCCUUCUGCUGCCCCCUCCCUUCCAUCGACUCCUCCUCCUGUACUGCAGCCAUCUCCAUUUUCGCCUCUUUCUUCUGCAGCUCUGCUCAUACCUUCUCAGCUAGCAUCACCAUCGCAGCCCUUAACCACAUUGGUUGCAUCCCCUAUGCCAACCUCUGCCCCAGUAGCAGAGGUACAAGUCCAGCCUGACAUCCACAGGAAGCUGAACACACUGACAGAGGAAGACCUCCCCAUUCCUGCAGCUGACAGUGGGAAACUGAUACCUUCUGUGCAACUGGCGGCAGUGCCGGGGUCCUUGAGCAUCAGUCGGAAAGAUGAGGCCCAGCGCUCCUCCCGUAAUGCUGGUAGCAUCAGCAUCGCCAGUCAGCGCUCGGCCCUAGCUGCAGAGACACCACAGCUGAUCACAUCCAUCCCAGUCAGCGAGAGGAAGCCAGAUCUGAAGACAAGCAGUGGAGUGACCACUCUCAGAGUGGAGACUAGUCCUGGAAGUCUGGCAAUUUGUCCACCAUGUUACCGAGAACUGGCCAGUGUCUCUGUCCCUACAUCUGUGAGGCAGCCUGAGUCAGAUGAGGCAAAGGUAGAAGAGAAGCUGUUAGAAACUCUCCCUCCCCCUUGGCCCUUUUCCUCUUUGGAGGCCCAGCUGGUCUUGCCAAAGACCUCACAAACUCUUGCUGAAGAUCCCUCCAUCAAUCCUGCUGAGCCCCUUUCCUCUGAAAAUCCACCAGUGGCCAAGGAGGAACUUUUCCUUUGGGAGACUGUGAAUGAGGAGGAACAGACCUCCUCCUCCCCUCCUCCUAUGCCCUUCCCACCACAAGAUGAGUUCUUAGAUGCAGAAGAGCCACUCAUGGCUCCAGUAGAGGCAGUAGCAGAGCCUGAAGACCCCUCUGCCCAUGUGUCUUGUCCUCCUGCUGAGAUGCAAACAUUGUCAGCAGAAAGUUCACAAUUAGACAUGAAAGCCAGUGAGGAAGAGGAGUCAAUAUUGUCAUGUAUGAAUGACAUGUCAGUGCAGCACGCUGGUGGAGACCUAGAUAGGGGCCCAGAGUAUGUGGCUUCCGUCACAGAAUCCAUUCUGUUGCCAGCCAAGGACAUAAAUGUCACAGCAAGAAGUCUCGAAGUUCCCCAGCGCCCCUCUUCCCCUCAGCCCUAUAUUCUUGAAGACGACUUCACGGCCAGCCCCAUCCAGGUGUUCUCGGCUAAGGCAGCUUCUCCUUUAUUAACUGAAACAGGAGCAGCUGUAAAAGAGGAAAUGCUGGAUGCACGGCUCCGCAAGGAGGCUCUAGUUCAGGCUGAGUGUCCGAUUUGGGCUGCUCUAGAGGAGAAAGCUAAGGAGCAGGGCUCAGAGAGUGGCUCUGGCCUAGAAGUAUUGGGUGAGGAGAGGGCACCUAGAGAGAUAAGCACAGAGAGAGCUGCUGUAGGUUCCCUACAAAGGGGUCUAGAAACCAUUACCACCACGGUAGAGCCAUCUUGGCCAGAAGAAGCAAAUGAAAGCCCAGCAAGUUUCAGUGACAUCACCAUGGGAGAUGCAGCCAAUAGCACAUCUCCUCUAGAAAAACUUGAAGGUGAUACAGAAGUAAAAGCAGAUGAAUCUUUAUUUGAACAUCUGUCCAAAGAAAACAUAUAUGAUGACAAGGCCACUGACUUUGGAGUCCCUGAGUUCUCUGCAGAGUUAGUUUCAUCUGUCAAAGUUGAAACUACAGGGAGAUCUGUAGUGGAGCCUUCUGCACAGUUAGAACUUUUUCCAUUGCUUAAAAAUGAUGCCUUUGUAGAGGUGGAAUUAAAAAAUGAUGGAAAGGAGAAAUCCAUUCUGGAAUACCCUUCUUCUACUGAAACUGUUGCUGAGGCAGAAGGACCAUUGUGGGCUGCUUUAGAGGAGAAAGUGAUGGAGGAAGAAACGAUUAUAGGGACAGCUAAGGCAGUAGAAAGCAUCUUGGAAACGGGUCUGUACAAAAAGAAUCCUCUUCCAAGUGGUGCCCAGGAGACAAAGAACCUGGAUGGCACAUUUUCUGCUCAUGGUGGCGAAGUCAUCGAUGCGGACAUCAGUCCAAGUAGCUUGGCAGCAUGUUGCCCCCCUCUACUUCCUGAUCUCCCAGGUCAUUCUGACCUCAUCUGCAGUUUCAUAGUGGAACCCGUAGCGGAACCCACGUCGGAACCACUGGCUCACACACAGAAUUCCCAUGAGGGAAAAAUGCAACCAUGGGCAGAGACAGACUUUAACCUUGAAGAUAGAGGUGAAGGGGUUAGGCAAGGAGACACAGACAAGCAGCCUUUCUGCUCCAGUGCCGAUUCAGCACAACCUGAUGAUCAGCUUGUUUCCCUGGACAGAGAAAUCAGUGAUCAUGAGUCUGAUAUUGGCUCAAGGCGGAAGGUUGUAGAAGAGCAAGACUCUCUGUCAGGACAGCAAGAAGCACCUGUGAGCUUGGUGGAUUCUGUAGUGGGUGUCCUGCACAGAGGUUAUGAGACAAUGGCUUCUGUGUGGCAGACAUGUGAUCCAGGGACAGUCUCUAACAAAGAAGAACAACCCAAGGAUACAGACUUCAGAUUUGAUCCUUUCUGCCCCUCUGUUCAACAUGAGAUUCAGCCAGCCGAGGCUGAUUGCCAGCCAGCAGAGAACAUUGCAAGUGUUAGCUUAGAGCAGUCAGUAGCUGAAGAAGGUCUGCUAGUUGGGGAGAUCUCUCAAAGCAAGACAGCUUAUAACAAAGGAGAGUAUCUCCCUGAAGCUGCUGAGUUGAAUACAGUGAGUCUUGUGGAGUGUUUGCGUUUGGCUGCGUUAGAAGAGCAGCUCACAAAUAGAAAAACCAGGGAGUCAGAAGAAGUUGCCAGAACAGAAACUGUCAAGAAAAAUCCAGUCUCUGGAACUGGGAAGAAAGACGUAUCGCCCCCUUCGAAGCCAGAUCAAUGUGAAGAAGACAUGAAUACUGUAGGUCAGGGCAGUGUAACAAAUUGUUUGCUACUGAAAGAAUCAGAACUAGACAAAAUAGCCACUGAAGAGGGCAGAGAGUCAGACACGGAACAUCCCCCUUCAGUUAUCAGCACAUUUAGCAGUAAAACUGAAGCAAGCCAAGUAAAUUCAAAGCCAGUUAUUAGACUGACAGAUACCACAGACGAGAUGGAAUUUGAGGCAGGGCAGGAAGAUAUGGGCACCGUGUGGUUAGCCUCACUGUACAUGGAUGAGGGCCCAGAGAUGUUAUCUGCCAAGCCAAGUGAUCUAGAAGAAUCAAGUGACCCUGGGAGCUUGUCAACAGAGGGGCUGCACAGAGGAGAAAAAUCAGCAAAUGUUCCUUCAGAGGUCCAUCAGGAAGUAGGCCUUAACAAUAGUACUCAGAAGGUUAUUCCUGUGCCUGCAGCUAAUAAAGUGGUCCCACCACCUCGUAACAAAAAGAAAGAUGUCCUUCCUCCAAACCCCCUGCAUGAAGUAGGCCUAAAUAGUGGCAGUCAUGAAAUUCUCCCUGCCCUGCCUGCUGGAGAGCUUGUUCCACCCCGACGCAACAAGGGGAAGAACAGCCUUGCACCAGGGCCCCAACAGCCAGAGAGUUCUAGUCAAACUCCUGGGAUCACCAGUCAAUUUAUCCCACCACAGCGCAGAAAAAAGCCUAUUCCUUCGCCAGAGGCAUUAGUUAAAGGAAAAGAUGUUCUGACUCACACUAUUACGGAAGACAAGGAUGGUCUGCAGUCUUCAUGUCUCACCGUUGCACCAGUGCUAUCAGGUAGCAUGGCCUCCCAGAACAACCAAGGGGAGGACAAAACUCAGAAUUCAAAGAAGGAGACUGUAUUAGGAACAGACACUGCAGCAGAAAACUCCGUGGCUCCUUCUCUUUUUCGACUGACUCAGUCUCAAGGACUCCUGACUGAGGCCUCCUCCAGCUCUGCUCAGCAGAUCCCUGAAAUUGACAACAGGAACCCCGAUGUAGAGAGUCUACUUCUGGCAAAGAUUCUGCAGGUACAAGUGGAAGAAGAGGUGUCAGACCUGCCUGUUCCAAUUCCCAUUGUGAGGAAACUUCUGAAGGUCCUUCCUGACAGUACACUACCUCCUGAGUCUUCACUGCCUACUCAGGCUGAUACCUCUGACCCCAAGCUAUUUCCUAUUUCUGCUAUUGAAAGGGUACUUCCGUCCACCUUGUCAGAGGACCUGGAACCACAUCUGAAUACAUCUUCUGUGCCUCCUCCUUCUGUCCUUCAGGAAGUUGGCUCAGAUUAUACCAAACAGGACACAGAUGAUCUGACAAGCUUGCAGCAGGAUUUGAGAAUCAGUGAGGAAAGGCUGGAUGCCACUGGUGAAAAUUUGACUUUGACAGAAAAUCUUGAGGAGGCGGCAGGUGAUGACAAGGGGCUGGAGCUACACACUGGUCUUUUUUCUACCAUCCCAGAAUCUCAGAUGGAGGAUUUGCUGGCAAUUUCCUCAGAGAGUAAUAAGGAAGGGGUCUUUGUUGUGGCAGAAGGUGGAUGUUUGCUGUCAUCAACAGCUGCUGUGGAUGUGGAAUCAAAUGAAAGUCUGCCGUUGACAGAUAGAGAUGUUUAUUCUGGAAACGGUGACAAUACAUCAAAGUCUGCCAAAGGUCAGAUCCGGCCUACUGCCCUUCCUUCACCCCAGAAUGAGAGGUCAUUGCUGUUUUUUAAGGAGGAGGGAACCAGUAACAAGGAACAGGAGUUACACACAGGAAUAAAAGUUGAAACUGUGGAGCAGGAAAUGGGCCUCGAGACAGAACAAGACGAAGUGACUCUGUAUACUGUAGAUGAAGCAGUCAAUCCGUUUACAGAGGGUUCUGAGGUGUUGCAGACAAAAAAGGGCUCUUCAUGCUUGCCAGAUACUCCAGCCAUGGUUGCAGGAACCACUGAUGUGGCCCAGCUCAGCCUUCAGGCCAACAGCCAUCCUUCUGCCAGCCAAGAGUUCACAUCUCCUCCAAGAGCUGAUGCAGUGGCAUCUCCUAAGCGAAGUACAAGGAAAACCCUGCCACCUCCAGUUGUUCUAAGCAAAGUGGGAUCAGACUCCUCCUUUGUGGCAAAACCUGGAGAAGAAAUGGGAGCUGUUUCAGUGCCAACUCAUGAGAUGUCCGGUCCCCUGCCCAAUCCUGGUUUGGUCAACUCCAGCCAGUCAUUGCUGGAAUGGUGCCAGGAGAUCACACAGGAGUACAAAGGCGUGAAGGUGACCAACUUCAGUACCUCCUGGCGCAAUGGACUGGCAUUUUGUGCCAUCCUUCAUCACUUCCAUCCAGAAAAAGUGAACUACGAACAGUUGGAUCCAUAUGAUAUCAAGUCCAACAAUAAGAAGGCCUUUGAUGGCUUUGCAGAACUUGGCAUUUCCCGUCUGCUGGAGCCAUCAGACAUGGUACUGCUCUCGGUGCCCGAUCGCCUCAUUGUGAUGACAUACUUGUGCCAAAUCCGAGCCCAUUUCACUGGGCAGGAGCUGAGUGUGCUGCAGAUUGAGCACAACAGCAACCAGUCCAGUUAUGCAGUCGGGGAGCCAAAGGAAGCCACAGACAUAGAUGCAGCUGCCCGUUACUGUGUCCAGAAGCUACAGGCUGGGGGAAUCUCACUGGAAGCUAAGGUAAAGAGUGUGGAUAAAGAGGCAGGAGGGGACACAAAGCCCAAUGGGAGCCUGGUGCCGCCUCCACGCACUAAACGUGUCCCAAAGGUGGAGGAUGGAGGGAGUGGGGCAACAAGCAUGCCAGAAGAAGGGACUGCGCAUACCCCUGUGGCUCCACCCAGGUCUCACACCCCUUCAGCCAAGUCGGGUUUCAGCCACGUGAGGGAUGCUGAUCUAGUCAAGAAGCGGCGCUCGCGGAUGAAGAGCGAGUCCAUCGAUGAGCCUGACACAGCUGAGCAGCAGAUCACCUCAUGCAGCACUAAAGAUGCAUUGGAGGACCAGGCAGAGAGUGGGGUGAAGAAUGGCUCUACAGUUUCAGAAGAAAAAAAUGAGUCAGAGUUGCAAAGCCCUGCUGUGGACCAGGAGCAUGGCAGCCAGUGUGAAGAAGACAACCUGCGUUUGCGGGACACCAGUCAAUAUGUCCUGAGUGAAAUCCAGGCUCUGGAGAACGAGCAGAAGCAUAUCGACAGCAGGGCUGCUGUAGUGGAGACGAAACUCAGGAAGCUGAUGGAGACAGGCAGCGAUAAGGAUGAGGAGGAGAAAUUAAUCCAGGAGUGGUUCACUCUGGUCAACAAGAAGAACGCUCUAAUUAGGAGACAGGACCACUUGCAGCUGCUGCAGGAGGAACAGGAUCUGGAGAGACGGUUUGACCUGCUUACCCGGGAACUGAGAGCCAUGAUGGCAAUUGAAGACUGGCAGAAAACUCAGGCCCAGCAGCACAGGGAGCAGCUGCUCCUACAGGAACUCGUGUCCCUGGUCAACCAGAGGGACGAGCUGGUCCGGGACAUGGACGCCAAAGAGAGAGGAGCUCUGGAGGAGGAUGAGAGGCUGGAGAGAGGACUGGAGAUGAGACGUAGGAAGUACAGCCGCAAAGAAAAAUGCGUGCUGCAGUAAAAGGAGCUGGUGAGAAAGGGGACCUUGCUCCAUCCACUUAUCAAGAGAUGUAUGUCAUUUCAACUGAUGGAGAAAGGAACCAUGGAAGUUUGGCCUCUGUGUGGCCACUGCGGUCAUUAAAGCCAUUUAUUUUGUCUUUGAUUGGCUGAAUAUUCCAGGAGAAAUCCGUCAUGUCUACACAUUAGCCCUUGUGGGGUAAUGCACCUAAACCAAAACUUUCUGGUUCCUGUGGGUAACCAGCAUCUGAAUGUCAAUGGGAGGGCUCUUGUGAUGCAUUUUUCUGUUUUUGUUUUUUCUCUCUAUGGCAAUUGUGUUUACAUUUACAUGUAUUCAUUUAACAGAUGCUUUUCUCCAAAGCGAUGUACAUCACAGAUAAAAAUCUGAUGAUUGCAUUACAAAAGCUGUUAGAAAAAAUAAAUAGAAAUAAAUAGACCUAGUUUGUGCUGGAGUCCAGGUAUAAAUGGGAGUAAAAUAAGUGCUGAGUCCUGAUUCAUUAACUUGCCACACCAAAUGCCUUACCGGGACUGAGUGUGACAGUGUCGGCAAUGUAACCUAUCAGGUGUGAUUCAAACCCAGCUAAGACCGAGGACCUCAUCAGUUGUUCUAUCAGCAGUCUUGGAGAAAUAUACAAAAUAUACACAUGGAGUGAAAAGGUGGUUGGACAAAUACAUAAACUACAGUGGUGCAGAGCUCAAGGUGUAGCCUGUUAUUAAUAAUUGUACAGCAAAACUGAUCUCUGUGAAGACUACUAUAUCCCGUGUGCUGCUUGUGCAAAGGAAGGCACUACUUAUUGCACCACCUUGCCUGCAAGCUAGCACAAGAGAUACACAUGGAGGACAUUGUUAUAAAUACACACAUACUGAGAAAGAAGAAUCUAUGCAGAAAGCUACUGAAAAAUGAGAGACAAUUGAUGUGUGAAUUACACAACAGUGUUUAAUGAUAUCUUUUGGAAAACGAAAAGGUAUUUAUUCUGUUGGUUUAUGUUUUCUUAUGUAUGUGACCUCUGACACAGCCCUCGUGUAGAAGUUGUGAAAAAUAUUUGCCUUGUUUUGCAUUUGCUGUUUAUACUGAGAAUUUCUUAUGUCAUAUAUUUCGUAAGAAAGCCUUUAUCUACGAGAUUCAGGGUUUUUGUCUCUUCUGAACCUCCUGGCCCCAACACCAAACUUAUGAAUGGGAAGAAUUUAGACAUUUUAACUAAAGCUCUCACUCCAUUCUUUUAACAUAAUUGAUUGGUUAAAAAAAAUCAACAAGCAACAGAAAAGUCUUUGUGUAACAAUUUUUUCAAAGCCCAUUUUUAUUACCUUAGGACUUAGUGGCAAUUAAUAUGGUAAAAGGAGAGAGGACUAUGGUGAAAAGUUUUUCUUACAUUUGAGGUUCUGUAUUCCAAAUACCACAUAUGUGUCAGCUGUAACCUCUAAUACUUUAAAAUGUAGCUUAAUAUAAGUUGCCUAAAUCCCUGCUGCAUUAUUUUACUCUUAUACUAGCCUAGGGACCCACUGCAUCCGAUUUUUGAUUAAAGAGGGAACGUUUAAGAAUGUUUAAAAUGUGCUCUUCACAUUUCACUAACUCUUUCAAUCUGAAGUGUUAUUUUAAAGAGGUACGUAAUUACUGUUCCAAAGAGAGAGUGUAUUGCAAAUAUGCAUUUUGGUUUAAAAAGUCUUUUUUGAAUAUCCAUAUUUGCACUAUUCCUGUAUUUGUAAUUUUGCAUGAGGAAUAAAGCCAUUUUGGAUGAG